AUGGCGUCCUCCAAGCAGCCCCUUACGCCCUCCUCCGCGAUCCGCCACCGCCGCCGCCGGCGGUGCCUCCUCGGCACCCUCGCCGCGCUGCUCGCCCUGGCCGUCGUCCUCCUCGUCCUCUUCCUCACCGUCCUCCGCGUCCGCGACCCCACCAUCCGCCUCGUCUCCACCGAGCUCACGGGCGUCGCGCCGCGGUUCGCGCUCCUCCCGGCCCCGUCCCUCCGCCUCAACGUCACCCUCAUCCUCACGGUCUCCGUCCACAACCCGAACAUGGCCUCCUUCGCCUACGCCGACGGCGGGCACGCCGACCUCUCCUACCGCGGCGCCCACGUCGGGGACGCGCAGAUCGGCCCGGGCGCCGUCCCGAGCCGCGGCGACGCGGAGGCGCGGCUCGCGCUCACGCUGCAGGCGGACCGCUUCCUCGCCGCCGGGGACGCGCGGCAGCUGGCCGAGGACAUGGAGGGCGGGGCGCUGCCACUCGACGCCACAACCAGGGUCCCCGGCACCGUCGUGCUGUUCGGCCUCUUCCAUCGGCGCGCCGUGGCCUACUCCGAGUGCAGGUUCGCGUUCGCCGUCGCCGAGAUGCGCGUCCAGAGCCAAGAGUGCAGCGGCGGCACCAAGCUCUGA